AUUAUAGGAUGAGACAUGAAGCGAAUAAGAAGUGUAUUGCAUUUAAUUUUAUUCUUAGAAGCUGCGAAAGCUUUAAACUUAAGUGAUGCAAAUGUAGACCCUGUUUCAAUGCAGUUAUUUGAUUAUAAGGAAAAACACCCGACUCCUGCUUUACUGACUACAUCUUCGGGUCAGCCUGUCCAUGUCUCUCAAAUGAGAGUUGCUGGGAAGAACUUUUUGAACAAUCCGUUUGUAUUUGAGAGCAUCAAACAUGAAGCCAUGUCCAAGCGACCGGAUCGGGAGGUGCUGGCGAAGGCUACCGGAGCUCACGGGUACUUCGAAGUCACCAGUGACGUCACCAUGUAUACCAAAGCAAAGGUAUUCGAAAAAGUGGGUAAACGAACCCCAGUUCUGGCUCGAAUGGCAAUUUCACAAAUAGACGUAGGCGCCAGUGACUUGUAUCCAGUCACCGGCAAAGGCCUGUCCUUCAAAAUGUACACUGAAGAAGGUAAUUUCGACCUAUUGGGACUUAAUAUUCCAGUAUAUUUUUACAAAGAUCCAAUACUAUUCAGAGAUUUCUUGCAUUCUUUUAGACCCAAUCCAAAGACAAAUAUUCGGGACCCCACUUCACAACUUGAUUUCAUUACAAGAAAUCCUGUUUCAUUACAGACCAUGCUUUGGGUGUUCUCAGAGUUUGGAUUACCGAGAGGCUUUAGACAUAUGAAUGCUUUCCCAAUGCACACGUUUGAACUAUACAAUAAUGAAGGUCAAUCGUAUUUCGUAAAGUUCAGUUUUAUCACUGAGCUAGGCUACAAAAGUUUUACAUUAGAAGAGUCCUCAGCAAUUGCAGAAUAUGACCCAGACCUGUUCAUGCGCGAUAUUUAUAACUCAAUCGAGAAUGGCAACUAUCCAUCUUGGAGACUAGACAUGGAUGUUUUAUCGACAUCGGACCUCAGCAAAGUUAACUUUGAUCCGUUUGACGUAACCCGUCUGUGGCCUAACGGCACCUUCACCACAGUACAAGUAGGACGUUUUGUUUUAAAUCGCAAUGUAGACAAUCAUUAUGCGGAAGUAAAUCAGGCGGCAUUUAAUCCAACCAAUCUAGUACCGGGCAUUUUGGAGCCCCCUGAUGAGCUGUUUAGAGGAAGAGUCAUUGCAUAUCACGACUCACAAAAUAAUCGGUUAGGUAUAAAUCCUAACAAAAUUGGUGUUAAUUGCCCAUUCUAUGCCAGAACUUACAACAGAAAAGGAACUCCUCCAGUUCUAGAUGACGAAGGAGAUGCAGUGAGUUAUCCAUUUAAUUCCUUCAACGGACCAGUUCCAUACGAGGAUCAGUCUAGACCCGUCAGACAGCUCGAUAUAUAUCAAGAAAACACUGCAGACUUGGCAGGAUGUAAAAGGUUCUAUAAUGAAGUGACUGCAACGGAUGAACAAAAACAGAGAAUGAUAGACAACAUGGCAAACGUGUCUUUACGGGUGGAACAUUCCGUGAUUGAAAGAUUUGUGGCGCUGCUGGAGAGUGUCGAUGAAGACUUGGCGGCCAGAUACGUCAACACACUCGAUGAGCUGAAGCAGAGGGUUACACUGCCUCAAGUGGUGGAAGACCUAGAUCCUGUCAAACUUAAUCCUUACAGGAAAUAUUAAUGUUAUG